AUGUUUGGAAAAUUACUUAUCGAGCCAUAUCGAGAAGAGCGAAGAAUUCGUCUUGGCCGUACAAAAUUUGCUGAUAUUUUCUUCUACAGUGGCGUCUACGAUUAUCAUGGACUAAGAAUUUUUAUUAAUUUUCCUAUUGGCUUUCUGAUCGCUUUUUUGCUCUACAAAUUUGCCUGGCAUCAAAUUAAUUUUGCUGAUUUUGAUAAAAUUGCGGAACAAAUCUUGAAAUGGUCACUUAUUCUUGCUUGUGCAAUAGCAUUUGCAAUUAGUCCGUUAUUUCGAUGUGCAAUUGUAUGUGUCCUUUUUGGCGCAUUGGGUAAAAAUGGUCAAAAUCUAUUGACCGUUAUAGUUCUGAAUAGUUUGAGCACUGGUCCGAUAGAAAAUAUCGUACGAAAUUUUCAAGUUAGUGCAAAUACGAUUACAUGUCAUAUCAAGCAAAAAGAGGAUAUGAUGACACAACGUAUUGUUAUGGCCACUGGCCCAGUUGAAAAUUUUAUGGCCAAGCAGUUUGGUAAAUCAACUUCAAAAGGACGAAAAGUGAUAGCAAUGUUAAAAUCAUUGGUAGAACCAAUUGAGUAUGAUUUCACCUUAAGUGAUGAAGAUAAAGCUUUGGCAGCAACAAUUGAUGCUGCUGAGGUUCUACAGAGACGUGAUACGAUGCUGAAUAAGGAACCGGACGAUGUAAAAAGCGAUACAGAAAAUAAAAUGCAGAAAUCCGCUGCACCAGCCUGGAAUAAAAUGAAGUCAAAAGUAUAA